GUGAGUUGUUGCAAGGUAACUUCCUCCUCCAAUCCUAGCUUUUUUUCCUUCGUGGAGUGCGAGUUGUGAAGCCCAGGCAGUGCAAAUGUGGGAAGAGGGACAUUACAAAAUGUAUUUUUAUUUUUUCUCCUCCUUGACUGCUAACAUCGAGUGAAUUCGUCACUUUUUUUCUCCAACGAGCGGAUGACGGACGAUAAUGUUGGCGUCAUGUAGGCUCCGCUUUACAGACUUUGGAAAACAAAUCGGGUAUUGUCGGUGAAUUCUCGGGAGAUGGCAGAAUAGUUCGACCUGCGCCAGACACCGAGCCAUCAUACAGCACUUUGAAAAAUUACCCGCAAGGCCUACAAUGACAGUCAGAGGCAUGUCUCUUUUGGUUCUGAUCAUCCUGGUCAUCCCCUGCUCGAGCUUGGAAGAUGACGUCAGUGCAAAAACCUCUGAAUGUUUGUGUGACGGGGCGUCAUGCAGCAACAAGGACCGGUGUUUGGGCCAGCAGUGCUUCACCUCCCUCUCCAUACAGAACGGGACGUCCGUUCUUAUAAAGGGCUGCGUGGUCGCCGGGGAGGAAGGGUCACCUCACUGCGGGAGCCCACCAACUUCUGAGUUUGUGGUGGAGUGCUGCUCAGGGGACUUGUGUAACAUGAACGUCUCCUUGCAGUCACCUGUGAAAGAUACAGAACCGUCUGCUGGCAGACCGGUCCUCAGGGAACAGGAGUGUGCGUGUGAGGGCGGAGUGUGCGAGCGUGACCGGCGCUGCACAGGCCAGCACUGUUUCUCUGCUCUGAAGAUGAUUGAUGGGGCGGCCGUCCAACAGAAGGGCUGCCUGAGGGACAACGAUGAAGGCAGAGCCACCUGUGCCACACCACCCUCGUCGACCCACGUCGUCAAGUGCUGCCAGGGCCAUCUGUGUAACAUGAACGUCACUGUGCAGGCUCUGGGGAAAGAGGCGGAGGGGAAACCCCUGAUCAAAGAGGAGCAUGAGUGUGUAUGUGAGGGCAGCUCUUGUGUAACAGGGAAGCGCUGCAUGGGCCACCAGUGUUUCUCCUCCCUGACGGUUAGCGGUGGCUCUCUGGUGUACCAGAAAGGCUGCUUUAAGGUCUAUGAGCAAAGCACGUUGACCUGCAAGACCCCGCCUUCCAGAGACCAGAUUGUGGAGUGCUGCUAUGGGCAUCUAUGUAACAUGAACAGCACCGUGCAGCUACCUGUCAAAGCUGAAGAGCUAUCAAAUUACAGCGUGACCACCCUGGCAUUAGUCAUCGUCGGGCCCAUCAUCGUCCUCAUCAUCCUCUCUGCUGUCGCUAUUCUGGUGUUCAGACGCAUCCACCACAACCAAAUGGAGAGACUAACAUCACGAGACGCAGAAUAUGGAACUAUUGAUGGCCUGAUAGCAUCCAACGUUGGGGAGAGCACUCUGGCGGACCUGCUGGAUCAUUCCUGCACUUCAGGGAGCGGCUCUGGACUCCCUUUCCUCGUUCAGAGAACUGUUGCACGACAAAUCACACUCAACGAGUGCGUGGGUAAGGGUCGGUACGGUGAAGUGUGGAGGGGUCAGUGGCAGGGAGAGAGCGUCGCCGUCAAAAUCUUCUCCUCUAGAGACGAGAAGUCCUGGUUCAGAGAGACGGAGAUCUACAACACAGUGCUACUGAGACACGAAAACAUAUUGGGCUUCAUAGCAUCAGACAUGACCUCUAGAAACUCCAGCACUCAGCUGUGGCUGAUCACUCACUUCCAUGAGAUGGGCUCCCUGUACGACUACCUUCAGCUCAGCACCCUCGAUGCAUCUGGCUGCCUCCGGAUGGCGCUCUCCAUCGCAAGCGGCCUGGCACAUCUCCACGUUGAGAUCUUUGGCACUCAGGGCAAACCGGCCAUCGCCCACCGUGACCUCAAGAGCAAAAAUAUACUGGUUAAAAAGAACGGGCAGUGCUGCAUCGCUGACCUAGGUCUGGCGGUCAUGCAUUUCCAAGACACAAAUGAAUUAGACGUAGGGAACAACCCUAAAGUGGGCACAAAGCGCUACAUGGCCCCUGAGGUGCUGGAUGACUCUAUCCAGAUGGACUGUUUCGAGGCCUACAAGAGAGUGGACAUCUGGGCCCUGGGCCUCGUUCUGUGGGAGAUCGCACGGAGGACAGUCAGCAACGGCAUCGUAGAAGACUACAAGCCACCUUUCCAUGAUGUGGUCCCAACUGACCCCAGCUUUGAGGAUAUGAAGAAGGUUGUGUGUGUGGAUCAGCAGAGGCCCAACAUCCCCAACAGAUGGUUUUCAGACCCAACUUUAACUUCUAUGGCUAAGCUCAUGAAGGAGUGCUGGUACCAGAAUCCAUCGGCCAGAUUAACAGCAUUACGGAUCAAAAAGACUCUCACAAAGAUCGACAACUCUCUGGACAAAAUCAAAACAGACAUUUAAGCCUGCCUUGAGAAGAAGAGGCGGACUGCGAAAGGCCUUUGAGGACGUCCAGAGGGUGGAGCGUCGUAGAGAAGACUCACAAGACAAGAGACUUGAUGGUUUCAGUGCCCUUAUAGUGGCACAGACCUAAUAUUUAUUUUAAAACACUUGGCGGGACACAUUUUGGCAUCCAAAGAUGGCUUACCGGGACAUUUCUGAGACCGCCAGUGGUCUUAGAAAUAGAAAAAUAUCUAUUCAAUUAAUGACAUAGGAGCUGGAUUGUUAGCAUUGUUCUUAAAGGAAGAAACUGUUACCUGAGCAUUUCAGUAGGCGUUGCUUUUGUUAGAACAGCAGACUUUGUUUGACAUAUUUUUUAGUUUAAAAAUGUCUGAACAUAUUAACAGUUUCACUUUUAAUUGUACUGCCUUGUUUACUUGCAUUUUGGUGAAUUCAUCUGGCAAAAAGAAGUCGACUUGACAAUUCAACCUGCAUACUUUCUUAAACAGUGAUCUCAGCAAGCAGUGUUCUGUUUCCUCGGUGUCAUGCAUCUCCGUUUACACUUCUGUACGGUUUCUUGGGCUUUCACCCACACUGUAACAUUUAGUUGUACAGCUGUGUGAGUGGCACUGUUGUUUUUCCUGAGAUGUUGUCCAACUAAAGGUACUUUGUUUGCAAACAGUUUUGUAUAUCACAAUGGAUUUACGUUGAGUUAUGUACCUGUUCUAUGUUUUGUUUCUUCAGCUUUACAGAGACAAAUGCUAAAAGAACAAAUAAAAUAUCUGCUAGAUGAUGCUGAACUCUAUUCCUCCAGAGGCCUGUAAGUAAGCCUGUAAAGCCUGUAUACUGUCUUAACGCGUGCAUUGUCAAGUAAAUGAAGUCAAACUUCAGCCUUUUUUUAUUUCUUUAACAUUUUAUAUCAA